GCUUAUAGCCGCUCUGCCCAGGCACUAGCGUGAAGGGACAGCGCACAGCGCGGCUACAGGCAAACGUCCUGACACAGUAGCGGGCGACGUGAGCGGCCUGGAACCUAGCGAGCACCAUGAGCAACAAAUGCGAUGUGAUCGUGGUGGGGGGCGGCAUAUCAGGUAUGGCAGCAGCCAAACUUCUGCAUGACUCUGGCCUCAGUGUGGUGGUUCUGGAAGCACGGGAUCGUGUGGGAGGCAGGACUUACACAAUUAGGAAUAAAAAUGUUAAAUAUGUGGACCUUGGAGGAUCUUAUGUUGGACCAACACAGAAUCGUAUCCUACGGUUGGCCAAGGAGCUUGGAUUGGAGACCUAUAAAGUGAAUGAAGUUGAACGUCUGAUCCACCAUGUGAAGGGAAAAUCAUACCCCUUCAGAGGCCCAUUCCCAGCAGUAUGGAAUCCAAUUACCUACCUAGAUCAUAACAACCUCUGGAGGACAAUGGACGAGAUGGGUGAUGAGAUUCCCAGUGAUGCUCCUUGGAAGGCACCCCUUGCAGAAGAGUGGGACUACAUGUCAAUGAAAGAAUUGCUAGAUAAGAUCUGCUGGACUAACUCGGCAAAGCAACUUGCUACUCUCUUUGUGAACCUGUGUGUCACUGCAGAGACCCAUGAGGUCUCUGCUUUGUGGUUCCUGUGGUACGUAAAGCAGUGUGGGGGCACAACCAGAAUCAUCUCAACUACCAAUGGAGGGCAGGAAAGGAAAUUUGUUGGUGGGUCUGGUCAAGUGAGUGAGCAGAUAAUGGAGCUCCUUGGGAACCGAGUGAAGCUUGAGAGGCCUGUGGUUCACAUUGACCAGAAUGGGGAAAAUGUUGUUGUGAAAACCUUAAACCAUGAAAUAUAUGAGGCUAAAUAUGUGAUUAGUGCCAUUCCACCUAUUCUUGGCAUGAAGAUUCACUAUAGUCCUCCCCUGCCGAUGCUAAGAAACCAGCUGAUCACUCGUGUGCCUUUGGGUUCAGUCAUUAAGUGCAUAGUUUAUUAUAAAGAACCUUUCUGGAGGCAAAAGGAUUUCUGUGGAACCAUGGUUAUUGAAGGAGAGGAAGCUCCAAUUGCAUACACAUUGGAUGAUACCAAACCCGAUGGCAGUUAUGCCGCUAUAAUUGGAUUUAUCCUGGCUCACAAAGCUAGAAAACUGACACGCCUUACCAAAGAAGAAAGACUGAAGAAACUUUGCGAGCUAUAUGCAAAAGUUCUGAACUCCCAAGAAGCUCUGCAGCCAGUCCAUUAUGAAGAGAUGAACUGGUGUGAAGAGCAGUACUCCGGAGGUUGCUACACAACCUACUUCCCUCCCGGCAUCAUGACCCAGUAUGGAAGGGUUCUACGUCAGCCAGUGGGCAGGAUUUUCUUUGCAGGCACUGAGACGGCCACACACUGGAGUGGCUACAUGGAGGGAGCUGUGGAGGCUGGGGAGAGAGCUGCCAGAGAGAUUCUACAUGCCAUUGGGAAGAUUCCAGAAGAUGAAAUUUGGCAGCCAGAACCAGAGUCUGUGGAUGUCCCUGCACGACCCAUUACCAGCACCUUCCUGGAGAGACACUUGCCUUCUGUGCCAGGCCUGCUAAAGCUGCUUGGAUUGACCACCAUCUUUUCAGCAACAGCUCUUGGUUUUCUGGCCCACAAAAGGGGCCUGCUUGUGCGUUUCUAAGGAAGGGCCUUCCACACCCAUAGUAGUCUCAUUCUGUGCAGCAGGAAGGCUUUGGGAAGGGGUUGUUAUAAAAUUUCACAAACACGCAGCGAACAUGGAGUGAGAAAUUACAGUAACUUGUUUUCCAUUUUGGCUGCUUGUGAGCGCCUCUACUGUGUUCCACCCAUUUCCAACUUUUCUGCCCCCUCAAUUUUUAGAAUAGACACACUUUGUUUUGACUGGUAUUGUGCUACUCAGUAGAUAGCCUUUAGUCUUGCUGUUUUGUGCAGUAUUGCCAACUGAUUUUUAUUUUUCUUGAGAGUGGAAGUCUUACCUUGGCCGUUCUUUUGUAUCUUCAUUAUAAGUCCAUUAAUUGAUUAAGACACACUUAAGUAAUUAAAAUAAAUCUGUUUGAGCAUA